AUGAAGACCUUUGCCAGAGGGUGGCUGGAAGCGAUGGUAAGCUCACAGUAUAGGUCGUGCUCGGUUAGUAAAUCCUUCUUGAAAGCAGAAGAUGCAAUCCAAUCGUCGCAUCCCACAAUGUUGAAUAGGUGGUCAGAUCGCCAAGUUGUCCUGUCUAGGUGGCGUAUUGUCUACGCGGUGUAUUGGUGGACUGAGCUUGCCAGGAAUUCUCUAUGGCUUGUUGCCAGGAAUUGGCUCUUCCAGAAUGAGCUGGUGAGCAUCUUUCUUCAUGUAUCUCAUGAGGAAGAUCACGUGGUUGAUCUCCUUGGGAGCCUAAUCUCGCAUGAAUGCUUCUUUACAAGCCCAAACCUCUCGUGCACAUUGGUCCUGGGACCUAGCCUCGAAUGGAGAUUUGAUCUACUUAGGCUAAAGCUCGCUGAUGCUUGUGACAUGCCAGCGUGCUGGGCAGUGUGUUCUUGUCCUCUUCCUAGUCUUCUGGUUCCUGCUCGACCUACUUGGUACCUCUCAAACUUCCUACUGGUGAGUUCCUCCGUUCUUCUUUCUUACCAUUGGAUCCAAGACCAAGGUCUCAGACUAAGUCAAUCUGCCUGA